AUGGAUCCAGUCAGCGGUGCUGCAAGCAUCAUUGCCAUCAUCCAGAUCGCCGACAAAGUCAUACGAGCGUGCAAAGCCGAUGAAUUUAGUGUCUUUGAAACACUGGCAACCUCAGAUGGGCCCAUUGAGAGCUGCCAGAAGGCGAUGAUGGAUUUGGAGCGGCUUCUACCUCCCUACCAAAGCUCUGAUCCAACAGCAACCGGUGCAAAGUCUUCGAAGGCCAAGACUGUCCUGUCGUCUUUGGCGUGGCCCUUCAAGGAGGGGAAGGCGACCAAGUUGCUUGAUGAAAUUAAACAGCACAAGGGCACAAUAUUGCUAUGCGUCCAUUUCGAGUGUUACUGA